AUGAACUCAUCCAGCUCAUCACAGGCCCUAUGGUGCAAGGCAUCUUUGCAAUAUCCCACAGUUAACCAGCUUGCCCUCGAAGCUGUAGUUGAAAUGCUCGCAAAAGGCAUGACAUUCGCACAAACAGCGCCCUUUCAGUGGAGCUACAUCGAUAGGCCGCCUGAUGGCAGCAUCUUCCUCGUCUAUAUGCCAAAUAACCAGCGUCCGCCCCCGGAUGGAUUCAUGUAUAUGGACAACGAGCAAGAUUAUCACGUCAAUGUCGGCGGUAGUGUUAUUCAGAUCCUAGAACACAAGUAUGGCUUUCUACCGGGUGAAGAACAUCUCACCUCUCGCUCUCGUCGUCGUUUCAGGCUAGCGAAUAAGAAUCCAAACGAUAUCGCUGCAUCGCUCUGGUUACUCUUCUACUCACGAACCGAUGAAGCAACGCGUGUACCAGCCAAUAUUCAAGCUGCACAACCACAACCCAUGCGACAAUACCCAUUACCUCAACUCCAAACGAAAGGCUUCAAUUUGAUUGCAGCGAGACCAGGCGCUGCGUUACCGCCUGCGAGUGCAGCGACGUUACAAGCACAGCAAGUUGCGCAGUAUCAGCAACAGCAACGCUUGCAGCAACAACAACAACGUGCUGGACGACCAGGUCAGCAUGGAUACGGCCAGCAGGGUAAGCCAGGUACUGGUCCUGGCACCACUGCACAAAACCAAGCGCGAUGUCCGAUUAUCCCACAGAAACGUGGGUUACCGGUCGACCCAACACAACCGGUUUCGCAGUACGAUGAUCCUAUCGGUGAUGAUAUGGAUCUUGUCACACCAAGGGAAAUUAGUCGUGCGCGUUAUGUUCAGCAUCAUGAGUGGAUGGAGGAGAUUUUAUCGCCGUAUAAUCCGGAGAAGUUGAAGCCGUCUGCCAUGCUCACUACAACGGCUGCGGGGACGCUUGAACCUGCUGCCCUUAGAGAACGAACAGAAAAUGAUCUAGCGGCUAUUGAAGAGAUGCAGCGUAGGCAUGCAGAGACUGUCAAGCCACUACCAGGGGCUAUCACAACAGCCAUGCUGGAAAGGGCACAGGCCGUUGAGACUUGGGAGCAGCUGGCUGCAUUGGAGGAAGAGGUCAAACAAGCAACAGGCAUACAGUAUGCCCCGAAGCAACCUGUUCAGCAGGCCGUCUAG